AUGGAGGCGUCUCAAGUGCGGGAGGCGCUGCGUCUGGCGCGAGAAGCGGUGAGAAGACGACAGGAAGCAGAGGAUUUAGCUCGAGAUGCGCUAUUACUACCUAAAGGCGAGACAAAGCCGCGAAAUUUAAAGUGUUUGGGCUGGAAAGCGACGGGUGGAUGCAGUCCAUAUGGCCCACGUAGGCCUGAGAACGACUUCUCGUGCACCAAAAUGGUUCCGCACGGUCAUUCGGGCUACUGCGAGGUGGAAGACGACGAUACUGGCGAGCGGUUCCGUGUUAUGCGGCGUUAUUGCAGCAGCUCUAGAUGGGAUAUGAACUUCCGCUGCUCUGAUCCCUCCAACUUUGUCAACUUUCACUACAGGGCGCGCGAGGCGGCGGAUAACGCGCUUACACCAGGCUUUUCACUGCCGAACAUGCAGAGCACAACUAACCAGCAACAGCGCGAUGGCAUCGUUAUGGUUGUGUUUCCGAAGCUAAUCCCAAGCGCCUACGCGACAAUAAAAACCCUGCGUGAAGUACUGGGAUGCCGAUUGCCUAUCGAAAUUUGGUACCGCCGUGCCGAGAUGAAUGCAGACCCUGAUGCGAUGAAGCCACUGUCGGCUCUGGCGGCAGAUAACCACACGUCGAUUAUGAGCUUCCACGAGAUCACGGACUGGCAUGCUUCUGGCUUCAGAGCGAAAGUGUUUGCCAUUUACAACAGCUACUUCGAACGCAUCUUGUUCCUCGACGCCGACAACGUGCCCUCAAGAGACCCGACUUUCCUGUUUAGCUCCCCGGAGUUUGUGGAGAACGGAGCUGUCUUCUGGCCGGACUUUUGGCAUCCUGGACGCACCAUCUUCAACAUCCACAGCCAGUCGCUCCUGUGGGAGCUGAUCGACAUGCCUUUUAUUAACAUGCUCGAGCAGGAGAGCGGCCAGAUUCUUGUUGAUCGUCGUCGUCACGCGGAAGCGUUAGAGCUCGUCAAAUUCUACACGUUUCAUCGACCAAGUCACUUUGACUACAUGAAGCUCGUCCACGGCGACAAAGAUCUCUUCCGUCUUGCGUGGCUCAAACUCAAUGCAUCUUUCCACAUGAUUGAGGCACCUCCUGCCUUAGCAGGCAAGACGAUCAACGACAGUUUCUGCGGCCUGACGAUGGUUCAGCACGACGCUCAGGGCGAAGUGCUGUUCCUUCACCGUAACUCACACAAACUCAUGGGCGAACCUCUUCGAGAAGAGCUUGACUACCGAACUCGAGCUAUUGCACGGUCACGGAAGAAAGCAGAUAUUCGAACGAGAUAUCGGAAUGAGGGAAAGGAGAUUCCGCCCUGGUCCGAGCUAGACGCGCUCGUUCAGGCGGAGGAGACUCCAGCCCCGACCAUAGAACCGCCUGAGCUAGACGGAUACCCGGACUCGAUCGUGUGGACGCACUUGCUGUCAUUCAACUCCACUUCCAAACAGGAACACUACUACGUACAGACUUAUAACGCGGACCCAGAGUUCCCCAAGUCUCAAAAUUGCUACGGCGAGCGCAAUGUGAGCAAGAGCCAGCACUUUUACGCCCGGGAGGUAGCCGAUCUGCCCUUCUCCGGGCUCGAGACGGACCUGCGCCGUUUUGCCGCGGAGGCUGUAGAGAUCAAGAAGGCGUAG